UUGAUCGGGGUGGAAAGACGUCUACGAAUCCCACUGGGUGUAUCUGAAUUACAAUUAUUCAUGGUGUGGUAUUGAAAAACUAUGCAGGUGUGCAGCGAUAAGAAGAGGGCGACGCCCCUGUCCACAGUUAGCGUAAAAAUAAUUUUUACGAACAAAAAAUGUUGACGCGUCCGUUCGUUUCGGGAACAUCUGCGCAAAAAUUCACUUUCCAUUACUUUAAUCCUGAAUUUUCGAAAUUCGAAGUUUCCAAAUGUCGCCCUGUAAUAGAUCUAAAAUUUUGCCUUGGCGCUCUCCCCUACAGAUCGAUAGAGAAGGCGCACGUCGACGAUUUUGCCUGCGCGAUGAACCACCUCGUUUUACUAGUGGGUAGCUAUGUGUGGCUCGAAAGUACGAGGAUAUUGGGAUGCCUCGAAUCCUUUUGUGCCUCAUUAGUCUUCGGUCAACACCGGCCUUCCUGAUUUCAUUGACUUAUCGUUGGAGAUUAGAUAGCAGGGGUUGAUUCAGUUUGAAUCUUAGACAUUCGUCGUCGGUGCCAGCAGUCAGAUUUAUUCUCUAAAGCGUCACACGUCGAGUCAGGAAGUGAGUGACAGUCAUGAGUCAGUAUUGCUGACAGCUGUAAUCGCGGCCGGUACCCCGUCGCGACGAACCUGAUCCAUUUCUCGACUCGUCUUUAGCCAGUUAAAACCGUCUACUACUCUGUAGAUUACCUCGAACUUUGUGAGACCAUUGAUAUUUUAAUGCACGAACAUUGGUUGAAAAGAGGCGAUAGUGACAGAUUGUGGAAUAAGUUCAUUACACGUGUGAAUUAUUCAAGGAUUAUCGAGAGCAGAUAUCAGUUGAUCUGGGAUUGGUGGUAAAAAAAAUUUCGUGAAAGUCAUAACCGAAUUGUUACAGAGUUAUGAAAGAGCGUUGAAAUUUAUUGGAGACUGAGAACUUGAAAUAUAUCGGUGGAAUUCGAAGUACGGUGAUUGAAAAUCGAGUGUUGAAAAGUGCAGUUCUACGUGUACGGUGAUUUGUGAAAUACUGAGAGGGAAUCAAUUUAUUGACGCCAAUGCGGUCAUCUUGUUCGGCUCGGUGAUCGUUAAUAACGUAAGUGUCGCAGUAAAUAGUGUAAAGUGGGUGCCCAGGAUAAUACGGAAGGGGACAGCGUAGUCCUCCUUGAAAUGGACUCCGUCGCCGUCACCGUGCCUCUCAGACCCCCUACAAAGAAGAUGAAGAAGCGAAAAGAACUCGACGCUUUAGCUGCACCCCAUGCCGUCACGAGGAGAAAUUCGGGCAAACGAAGCUCUCAGGAGCUUUUGACGGACAGUAGCGACGAUAGAUCGGAAUAUUGGAGCGUUUCGACGCGGGGUGGUCGGAAAUGUCGCGGGAGCCGAAGAAGUCGUACCUGUCCUGGUCUACUACGAGCAUGCAGUGCAUUCCUUGCCUGCGCAUCGGUUUUAGCUACAGCAACUUUGAUCUGGUUGUUCAUCGACGUUCGUCAACAGCUCAGCGCACUUCGAACGGAAUUGGAUACAGUUAUAGCAGGAAGCGCAAACGUCCAGGAUACUCUUCACGAGUGUCAUUCUCAAUCGAAAGAUCUAUUGAAUAACCAAACCACCAUUUUCACGCGCCUUAAUGAUAUCAAUCUUCAAAUAACGAAUUUCACAACGCAGCUAUCGAACAUCCAACACGAGUUGCACGAUGUACAGGAAAGUCUUAGGGCUGCUCCCGAACUCGUUGAUGUUCCGAAAAAGUUAAAUUCUCUGUUAGGAGAAGUCGGGACCUUUGGUAGCCAAAUAAGAGAUCUUGGAGCGACAGUUAACUCGAUGAAAGAGGCUAACACCAGGAUACAGAACGUGCAGAACAAUCUAUUGCAGAAUGUUACGACAAUGGAGCAUUCACUUUCGGAACUGUCGAAAAUUACGCUCCAACAACCUCAGGUCGUUUUAUCGAAUGAAAGUAAAGUGCAAAGCGAAUUAAUGAGCUCCACUAUCUCGGAACUCACGACCAAUCUCACUAGGGUCAAUGAGACGCUCACGAGAAGGAUCGAUUGGGUGGCUGCCGACCUGGCCAAAUAUCACAAAAUCCUACUGUCUGCGCAAGACAUGGCCAUAAAUGUCAGCACGCAAGUUUCGACAUUGGAAGGUAGAUGUGCGAAACACAGUGAGCAAAAAGUACUACAAGAAUCUAUUAACCAAUUAGUUGAGGAUGUCAAAUUGACGAGAGUAAAAGACCUCGAGGUGUCUCAGAAGCUGAAGAACUUGGAGGAUUCGUACAAUUCGUUGAAAAAUUCGAGUGAUACGAUGUUGGCUUCCGUAGCCGAACUUCGAAAAUCUAAGUCAAACGAAAUAGUUCAAACAAACAAUUCAAUCAAAGAAAUAUUGGGCAACGAUAAUCCAGCUGGAGAUUCCUCACCGACUUCUACGAUUUCGCGUGUUACGGCACAAGAAGAAAUGGUGACUGGAUCACCAGGACCAUCGAAGGAUGUGGAACCCGGAUCGCCGUUGCCCACCCCCGCGUAACUUGGAAGUCCAGUAAAUUCCAGGAUCCGAAUGGGUCCUAUAAUUAUAUUAUGAUACGUUUGCAAGUGUUAGGAUAGUACGUAAGUGUACAUAAACUGAACUAAUUAACUAGCAGCGAAAAUUAAUUGAUCGGGUAAGCAAGUUGUUGUUUAAAACACCGCUUUGUGGGAAAUCUUGUUAUUUCGGUAAGAAAAAAUGACUAAGAUUUUUAUCUUGAAUCGCCAUCGAAAACAAAAUAUUGUAAGCAUAGUAAUGGUAAAGAAACAAAAUGUAAAUAUAGUGAGAAAAGGUACAUUCUCUAUGAUUUCAGCAAUAUGAAAUCGAUAUAUCUAUUAUUUAUUCAGUUAUGUGAAGAACUCAGAAAAGAGCAAAUUCAGGAUAUAAAUUAAAACAGUACAAAUUCUUUAAGGUUUAGCAAAAAAAAAAAACAGUUUAGUCAACCAUCCCGUUAAGUAUUCUUGUACAUUUUACAGAGAAUUAAUAAAUUAAAAUUUGCUGAACGGUAGGUGAGCUUUUUUGAAUCGUGGCUACGGUGCUAUGCUUCCAAUAAGAUUUGAACCCAUAGUAAACUCUUACAGCAAAUUUUCGAAUCCAGUUACUAUCGAGUGUUUGAAUAAUCUAGAUCAUAGCAUUGUCACGAAGUUAUAUUACCUCAGUACAACAUUGUUUGAUAUAUUGCUUUUACAUUCUACUUUCGAAUUUUAUAGAAUAAAAAAAAAAAAGCAGUGAGAGUACGUUACUUAUUUUGUAUGAUUUUAUUCCGCACAGAAAAUAUGUAAAGUUGAAUAGGUGUGGGGUCUCGUGUUCUCACUGGCAAACUUCGACUUAUCUGAUUAUUGCAUCGCGUAAAUUUUGUAUUUAUGAUUGAGAGUUUAGAGGGAUACUGUAAUUGAGUGUCAAAGAAUGACAUACCUUGGGUUCAAUUCAUUUGAUCAGAUUAAGUAGAUGCAGAAUAUCAUCUAUAAUUAUGUUCGUUUGAACAACCUGAGGUAUUUGCUCGUACCUAUGCAGCAGGAAGAAAAAUAUCGAAUGUGUCGGAUGUGAAUGGGAGAAUGUCUAGGUACAAUAAAAUUUGUUGAAUUGUC